AGUCGAUGAAGGAACAAGUUUUUUCCUAAAAAUUAUCUAAUUAAAAGUUGAUUUUGGUACUGAAAUCUAUAGAAUAAUAUCUAAGUGUAACUAAAUUUGUUGAAAAAUAUUCUCAUCAAUUCUCAAGGACUACUGUAUAUCGUCAAAAAUAUGAAAAUUGUAUAAAAUUGAAAUAAUUCGCUGUGAAAUUCAACCAAAUGAAUUAUUUGGAAAAUAGAAAAAAUAAAAAUAUUUUGAUAUGCACCUUUAGCCUUAUCAAGUUGGUUUCAUAUCUUAUGUAAAAAUAUCAAAUUAAUAAAUUAAAAUUAAAAUAAUAAUAAAUAUUGGAAACUAUUCAAAAGAAUUGAAGAAUCAAGAAUUAAAGGAUAUAAUUUAAAAAAAUAAUAAAAUCUAAAAAUAGAUAAUAAUUUUUUGAAUGGAAACCGACAAACGUAAUCAACGUGAGCUGCCACCAUGUCCACGUGAGAAGGCAAACAUUUUUUCAUAUGUUCUAUUUAUAUGGAUCUUACCGAUUUUUUGGAAAGGCCGCAAAAAGGACUUGGACACCGAUGAUCUUUACCAGCCCAUGCGCGAACACAAAUCCGAGACACUUGGUGACAGACUCUGCAAAGCAUGGGAUCAAGAGUGCGAGAAAAAACAGGCACUUAAUAAGCCACCCUCACUUCUCAGUGCCAUGACGAGUGUCUUUAAAUGGCAACUUGCUUUUGGUGGUGUCAUGCUGUUUAUUCUGGAAUUUGCCGUUCGCAUGACGCAGCCAAUUUUCAUCGGAGGUCUCAUCAAUUACUACUCCAAAGUCGAUGGAAAUAUCAAUGAAGCGUAUUUAUAUGCGGGAGGAAUUAUUCUGUGCACUGCCUUGAAUUUGCUCAUCAUUCAUCCGUUCAUGCUGGAACAGUGCCAUUUGGGUAUGAAACUUCGUAUUGCAUCAAUUAGCAUGAUUUACCGAAAAAGUUUGAGAUUGACCAAAAAUGCUCUCGGAAAUACGACAUCUGGACAAGUUGUAAAUCUGUUGAGUAAUGAUGUCGGUCGAUUUGAUACAUCGAUUUUGUUUAUUCACUAUUUAUGGGUCACUCCAUUGGAAAUUUUAGCAGUGACGAUCAUCUUGUAUUACCAAAUUGAAUGGUCAGCCUUUGCUGGAGUUGGAUUUUUACUCGGUUUUAUGCCAAUUCAAAUGUACAUUGGAAAGCUCGCAGGCACUCUUCGAUUGAAGACAGCAAUGCGCACCGAUGAAAGAGUGCGUUUUAUGAAUGAAAUUGUUCAAGGAAUUCAAGUUAUCAAGAUGUAUGCGUGGGAAAAACCGUUUGCCAAAGUUGUUGAAAUGGCCCGUCUCAAUGAACUGAAAGAAAUCAAAAGUAUUUCCUAUAUUCGUGGUAUCAUGUUAUCUUUCAUUAUGUUCACUUCACGUACUGCGAUUUUCCUCAGUUUGAUGAUGUAUGUCUUGCUCGGACAGAUCCUUACAGCUGAAAAGGCUUUUGUUGUCACAGCUUACUACAACUUACUUCGCUCAUCUGCUAUAAUAUUUUUCCCACAAGGAAUUGUUCAAGCAACUGAAACAAUUGUUUCUGUUCGUCGUAUUCAAACUUUUAUGAUGCAUCCUGAGCUUCCUCGUUCCAAAGAACAAUUAGAACGCAAUCGUGUCGAAAAAGAAAAGGCAGAUUUGAACAUGUCCAAUGGCAAUGGCACUCCAGCACCUCCACCAUCAAAUGUUGUCGUCAAAAUCUCCAAUGUCACCGCCAAAUGGGAUCCAAAGUACACGGAAAAUACGUUAAAUAACGUCACCUUGAAUUUGGAAAAACAAAAAUUGAUUGCAGUUAUUGGACCCGUGGGUUCCGGCAAGUCAUCUUUAAUUCAAGCCAUUUUGGGAGAGCUUUCCAUUGAUUCUGGUUCCAUUGAAGUCAAUGGCGACGUGUCGUUUGCAUCUCAAGAACCAUGGCUUUUUUCCUCCAGUAUUCGACAAAACAUCUUGUUUGGCAUGCCUUACGACAAGAAACGGUAUCAGGAAGUGGUGAAAGUUUGCGCCUUAGAACGGGAUUUCACGCUGUUCCCGAAUGCCGAUAAAACGUUGGUUGGCGAACGUGGUGCCAGUUUGUCGGGUGGACAAAAAGCUCGUAUUAAUCUUGCACGUGCCGUGUAUCGUGAUGCUGACAUUUAUUUCUUGGAUGAUCCCUUGAGUGCGGUGGAUGCUCACGUAGGUCGACAUCUCUUCGAUGAGUGUAUUAAAAAUUAUUUGCGAAAAAAAGCUGUUAUUCUGGUCACACAUCAACUGCAGUACUUACAAAGCGCCCAUCAAAUCGUCAUCAUGGAACAUGGAAAUGUAAAAGCGACUGGAACUUAUGAUGAAUUGAGCAAGUCUGGAUUGGAUUUCGCAAAAUUAUUGAAUAACGCUGAAGAAGAGACAGAAACUGUUAAAAGACAAUUAUCGCGACAAGAUAGUGUCUUGAGUCAUGAAAGCGAUUUACCGGAAAAACGUGUCAGUGUUAUGAGUGUGAUGUCGGACGGUGGACCAGUGGCUGUUGCAGAGACUUCGGACACGGGAAGCAUUGGAUUUGCCGUUUACAAACAAUAUUUCAAAGCAAUGGGUGGUUGGGGAAAAUUUUUAGUUUUAUUUUUCCUCCUUGUGUUCUCGCAAGUGCUCGCUAGUGGAGGUGACUACUUCCUUACUUACUGGACUAACAAGGAACAACAAAAAAUUGUUGAGCAAACUUCGUACUUGCAUCGUUUCGUGCGCGCAACAGACGGAUUUUGGCACGAUUUCAAUCAAUUCUUUAAGGAUCUCUAUGCCUACGAGUAUUUUGAUUUGUAUGCUUUUGCGCUGAUCAUUCUGCUGACAAUUGUGGUGUCACUUGGACGUAGUUUUGUGUUCUUUAAUGCUGCGAUGAAGGCAUCGGCAAACUUGCAUAACGCCAUGUUCAUGGGAAUCAGUAGAGCUUCGAUGUAUUUCUUCAACACAAAUCCAUCUGGGCGUAUUUUGAAUCGUUUUUCGAAGGAUAUGGGUCAAGUAGAUGAGAUUUUGCCAGGUGUUAUGAUGGAUAUGGUACAAAUCUUCCUCCAACUGUUUGGUAUUUUGACGGUUGUGGCUAUCGUCAAUCCAUGGUAUAUCCUUCCUACAGCAGUUCUGGUGAUUCUUUUCUUCUUCUUGAGAGCUAUUUACCUGAAAACAAGUAUCAAUAUAAAGCGGAUUGAAGCAAUAACUCGUUCCCCUAUUUAUAGUCACUUAGGAGCAAGUUUGAGCGGAUUAUCAACGAUUCGGGCUUUCAAAGCGGAACAGAUGUUGAUUGCUGAAUUUGACGCACAUCAGGACUUGCAUAGCUCAGCAUUUUAUCUUUUCUUAGCAGCAGGUCGUGCCUUUGGGUUCUGGUUGGAUGAAAGUUGCUUGGUUUAUAUUGCUCUUAUCACGAUGAGUUUCUUCGUGAUGGGUGAGAAUGGUGGAAAUGUUGGUUUAGUUAUCACCCAAAUUUUGGGAAUGACAGGAAUGGUUCAAUGGGGAAUGCGUCUAUCAGCUGAAUUGGAAAACAACAUGACAGCGGUAGAGCGUGUCGUUGAAUAUCACAGUGUUGAUCCCGAAGGUGCUUUGGAAUCCAAGCCAGACAAAAAACCACCUGCCACAUGGCCAGAGAAUGGUCGCAUUGUUUUUGACAAUCUUUCGAUGCGUUAUGCGCCAGAUCCCAAAACGGAAUGUGUCUUGCGCGAAUUGGAAUUUGUCAUUGAGCCACGCGAAAAAAUUGGCAUUGUCGGUCGAACGGGAGCAGGAAAAUCAUCUCUCAUCAAUGCUCUCUUCCGAUUGUCGUACAACGAGGGUUCCAUUCUCAUCGACACUCGCAAUACGGCAGAUAUGGGAUUGCAUGACUUGCGUGCCAAAAUCUCCAUUAUCCCGCAAGAACCGGUCCUCUUCUCCGGAACCCUCAGAUAUAACUUGGAUCCGUUUGACGAGUACACGGACGACAAAUUGUGGAUGUCUCUGGAAGAAGUGAAGCUCAAGGAGGCCAUCAGUGAACUGCCAUUGGGACUUUUGUCGAAGAUUUCCGAAGGUGGCAGUAAUUUCAGUGUGGGACAGCGACAACUUGUGUGUUUGGCACGUGCCAUCUUGCGUGACAACAAGGUUUUAGUGAUGGACGAGGCGACGGCUAACGUUGAUCCACAAACGGAUGCACUGAUCCAGGAGACAAUUAGAACGAAAUUCGCCGAUUGCACGGUACUGACAAUUGCUCAUAGAUUGAACACAGUCAUGGAUUCUGACAAAGUGCUAGUCAUGGAUGCUGGAAGAGCCAUCGAGUUUGGACCACCGUAUGAACUAUUAACCACUAAAGAAGGCCCAAUGAUUUUCCAUGGAAUGGUCAAGCAAACGCAAAAUGCUUCGUUCGAACAGUUGUUAGAAGUUGCUAAACAGAGUUACGAAAAAAACUCAUCAAAAAAGGACAAUUGAAAGUGAAAAAGGGCUAUAUGAUGUUGAUAGGCUACAAAAUUAAAUAAAUUUACAAUUGUAACAUUUCCUUUUUAGGCUCUUUCAAUACAUUUCGAGAACGACUGAUAAAAGUAGUAUAAAAAAUUCCGAUCCUUAAGAAAAAUCUUCCGAUCCUUAAUGUAGAAAUUGUUAGUUACAAAUGGAAAAAAUAAGUAUGUACCUAAAUAUUUUUUCUUAGUAGAAAAAUUAGUAAAAUAAUUUAAAUAUGAUUUUAAAAUGUAUUUGAGUAUAAAAAUAAAUCU